AUGCAUUCACUUGGGACACAUGCUCAUGGAACUACUCUCGAACAGGCGAUAAUACAGUAUUUCGGACAGAAAACAAAUGUCGUACAUAUACGUUUACAGUUGUCAGGAUCCAUAUUUUGGAAACGUGUUGUACUACAUCAUUUAACAGAUGCUUUGAGAAAUUCUUCAAAUAUAACAUUUCGCAUUACCAUCGGUGAUAGAUAUUUAAGGGAUAAUAAAUAUUUCCAGUAUAAUCUGUGGUAUGUGGAUUCAUACGAGGCGUUGAACACUAUUUUACCCUACAAAAAGAAACAUUUCGGCAGCAAGCCCAGCGUUUAUGCAAUUAUCAUGGAAAAGUUCGGCAUCAAAAAUAACAUCUCGCAUAUCCAAGAGAUUUUGGAAAAAAUGUUUGCACUUAACAUAAUCGAUGUAAUCGUUGUGGUACGUAAUCGAAAUGGCAAGGGGUUUCUGGUGUACUCCUUCGAACCUUUUGCCGAAAACCACUGUCGCAUAGUGAAACCAGUGAUUGUUAAUCAAUUUAUCGCUGGACAUUUCGCUCAGUCAGAGCUGUUUCCCAACAAGCUGAGAGAUCUACACAACUGCAGCAUACGCGUUUCAUCCCGGAAUGUUUCGCUAUACUUCUCAUACCACAAGCAAAUUACUGACGGUGCCAUUGCAAUGACGGGUCUGGAAGUGCAAUUAUUGAAAACCAUCGCCGAGUAUUUGAAUUUCAGCAUAGAGCUAGUUCUUGAAGAGUCACAUAUUUACGGCGAUAUCUAUACGAAUGGCACUAUGAGUGGUCCUUACAGGCUUCUGGAUGAAAAUCAUGUUGAUAUUCUUAUGGGUUUCUUCUUUUACGAUGCGACUGGUAUUGCCUUUUUUGAGCAGAGUCUGUCGUACUUUCUCUCUGCUUUGGUUGUCAUUGUGAAACGACGUGUACCGCUGUCCAAAAAUGACUGGAUAUUGGAGCCUUUUCAAUUAGACACCUGGCUGUUGUUACUGGCUUUAGUUGGCCUCAGCAUUACUUUCAUUUAUAUCGCACAUUUACGCUACAAUACCGGCAAUUGGUUGGACAUUAUUGGCAGCAUUUUCGGUGAGCCAAGAAUGGUUAAGACUAAAAACUAUUUGGUACGCUUCAGUAUUGCGCUCUGGUUUGCCGGUUUCGUAUUCCUAAGCGGCAUAUAUCAAGCGAAAUUAUUCGACUCAUAUAAUAAACCGACCUGCGGGGCACCGCAUACCAUAACCGACUUACUGAAUGACAACUUCACGCUCUUGGUGGGUCAUUACUGGGGUUUGCAGUAUUUGGUGUCUGAUCUUAAAUUCCCGGAGAGUCGUAUAGAGUUUAUCAACUCAACGGAUAUUGAUACUCUCUUGGAGACUUUGUUGAAUUCCAGUGGUAACGUGGCAAGCCUGGCGACUGUUGCGCGUAUUCGUUACUUCGAGCAUCAACAUCAAUUGGAUGAGGUUUUUGAUCAAGUCUCUGAAACGGUGCAGCUAUCAGAGAUCUGUGCUUACUUUCAACAUCAUUCGUACUUGGCUGUGCCUUUCAACAAGCUCAUUUCGACUAUACGCAGUAGUGGCUUGAUUUCAAAAUGGUAUGACAACGAAAUGACGGAAUCUAGAGAGAAGGUGAAGAAACCACAAGCUGGUGCUUUCAAACGUUUGGAUAUGCGCAAAUUGACUAUUAAUUAUCCGAUUUAUGUCAAAUAUGUCAUUAAACCCUUGAGCCUACUGGCCACAAAUUGGGACAAUCGUUUUUCACAGGCUUCUCUUAAGGUCAACACUUCAUCAACUAAAUCAUUCGCCAUAGACUAA